AUCCACUCUUCACCUUACAUUCAUCCCACUAUGAGCAUGUCUAAUACCUCAUUCCAAGAACAAGAAGCUGUUGCUCAUAUUCUCUUAAUCAUGGCACCAGUGACUGAUAUUCUACCAUUUGUGACGCCAUUGACCGAUCCAGCGUUGACAGAGGCCGAUUUUUCUAUUGCAGUCGAUAAUUGGAACGAAAGCCUUAGCAGGAUUCUCAAACACAACAACAAAACCUUUUGGGUUGAAUUAUUAAAGAACGAUAGUCUCGUUCACUUCCUUAAUUCAUUCUUGGGUGAAUAUGCGAGCUUUCGUGGCAAUAAGAACGAUAUCUGGGUCAUGGAACUACAGGAGGUUGUUCGUCGAACCUAUAUGAUCUACCGUCGACUAUCAGACACCAUAACCGCGCCUGAAGCAGUUGCUGCUGCUGCUCGAUUGCUUGCGGAUCAGGAUCAGGAUCAAGGUCAAGGUCAAAAUCAAGCUCAGGAUCAAGAUCAGGAUAUCAAAUACGGUCCAGGAUCAGCUCUUUUGGAUCGAGGGAUUAUCUCUACAUCUGUGCUCAUGGACCUUUCCGGGAUCUAUGGAAGCUCCGAUCCAGAGGGCGUCUCCAAACUUGUUAGCAUUUUUCUCCAAAAUAUUCCCGAUCUCAUUGGCGAUUUUAGGGCGUCAACAGGCACAGUGGUUCAGAUCAUUCGUAAAGUACAAAAACGAUUUGAAAAGGGCGUCAGUGGAAGUGCUGCCGGAAAGGGCAAGGGAAAGGGCAAAGGCAAGGGAAUAUCCCCUUCAGUAUCACCUGAACCUUAUCCAUCGGAAAUGGAUGAAGAAAAGUUUGUAGAGAUUAUGCAGUAUACGAGCGCAUUAUCCAACAUUGCCUACGCCCUUUCCUCAGUCUCUGCUGUUAGUCCUACUUUAGCAAUAGAAUUGCUCCAGCACCCUACAUUUUUACAAUGCUUAACAGGCUGUUACAACUACACCCUCCCUGUUCUUAGCAAGACAUUAAUUGAUAACCAAACAGCAGGCGUCAUCAACCCUCGCCCUGUUCUCAAUUUCUUGCGGAUCAAGAUGCUUUCUGUUGUCAACAACAUAUUGGAUGGUAUCUAUAAACAACAUCUUGUCACUUCUACGUCAUCACCGGACGACGAAAGUGCUACUGCAGAAUUGACUGAUAGUCUUUGCGGAGUCAUUGUUGAUCUGUAUGAACAAUCACCAUUACAGGAGGAUAUGUCUCCUAUGUACGAUGCUCCUUCGAUUCUGGAUCUUGAGAUUCAAUUUAGUAUCUCUGAAAAACUAUCAGACAUCAAUGUGGAAAGAUGUAGGGGGGAAAAUGACCGACUUGGUCAUUGGAUCGUAGUACUGAACGACCUCCGACGUUUCAACCUGGCGACGGAGAACUAUGUUUAUGAACACAACAUGCGAAAAUCUGAAAAGAUGGCUCGAGAAAUGUCAGGACUGUACAUCAAUGACGACUUUAAUCGAUCCAGUGCAAAUACAGUGUCAAAUGAUAGCACUCCAAGGAUUAAUGUCACCCCUAUGACGACUGAUCAGGAAGACGACUAUGUUAAGCGUACUAUGUUAAUUUCCCAGCUACAAGACUUGUUCCCUGACCUUGGUGAUGGCUUUCUGGAAGCAUGUCUUAUCACAUUUAAAGAUAAUGUUGAGACUGUGACCAUGCGACUUUUAGAAGAAAACCUUCCUAGUGAUCUGGCUACUAUGGAUCGGUCGACAGCGAGAUCCAUGCCUCAUCGUGUAGAAUCAGCCCCGAUACCGAUACCAGUUGUUAAGUCUUCUGUAGUUCCUGUGCAGGAAGACAUUUUAUCUUUGCGUAGAAACAUCUUUGAUGGAGAUGAGUUUGACGUGUUUUCAGGAAAAGUCCUUGACAGAUCCAAGGUCUCGCGUGGAAAGAAAGGGCCAAAAGAUGCCGAGAUCAUAUUGGAUGACAAGUCUUUUGUUGAUCAACACAAGAGCGCUAUCCUUCAGGCUGUGGAUAUGAUGUACGAUGAUGAAUAUGAUGACACGUACGACUCGAUGGGUCUGAAUAAUACUAGUGCAGACUUUAAACUGGUGGACGAUGAUAUUGACGCCAAGACUGACGAAGGCGUCCCUAAGCCCAGCCUCGCAAUAGCUGCUGAUCCAUCAAUCGAGCAUGAGGAAGCGUUGAUCAACAUGUACAUGGGCCAGAAGGAUGUGUUCAAUCGCAGUACUGAGGCGCGUCGCUCCAAGAAGAGACAGGAGCUUCGUAAUUUGACCAAGAUGAGUGAUGAGCAGCUUGAAGGCUGGGCCAUUAUGUUUGGUCGCAAUCCUCGUAAAGAAGAGAUUGCACAAAAGUAUGAGUUUGAUGGUCGACAGAAAGAGAUUGAAGGAAUGGAGCCAGUUGACAAGCGCCGUGGAGGUCGACUUCCAUUUGUGGAGAAGAGUGAUACCCAAGGUAGACCACAGAAGCAACAGCAGCAACAACAAUUUUCGCAAAAGAAGCCGCAGCAGAACAAAGGAUCUCAUGGAUCAAAACCUUCUUCUCAGCAGCCAUCAGGGUCCCCAUCUGCACGCCCCAGCAAUGGCCAGCAACAACAACAACAACAGUCACAGCAUCAGAAACAACAAGGACAAGGACAAGGUAGUCAGAGCAACAAUAAAAGUAAGGACAACCCGCGUGACCGUGCCCAAAAUGAGCGCCAGAAAGCAUCCAAGGCUAAUCAUAACCGUCGAAACCAACACGCCAAGAAGAUGGCAAUCACGAAUCCAUAGAAGAAGAAAAGAAAAGAAAAGAAAAGAGAAGAAAAGCAGAAAAAAGAGAAAUAGAU